AAGGAGGAGGAGGAGAAAAGCAGCGAGCGCAGCGGAGAGCGCUCAGACCCGCAGCGGGAGGACGGCAGCGCGACGCCGGUGCGAUCAUGUCUCUGGCCGGGAAGGUGGCUCUGGUGACCGGAGGAGCUCAGGGCAUCGGGAGGGCAGCGGUCCAGUCUCUGCUGAAGAGCUCGGCCAAGGUGGCCGUGGUGGACCUGAACAAGACGGUGGGGGAGCAGUGCCAGGCCCAGCUGGACGCCGAGUUCGGGGAAGGAAGGAGCAUGUUCAUCCAGUGUGACGUCACCCACGGCGACGCUCUGAGAGACGCCUUCCAGAGGACGGUGGACCAGUUUGGACGCCUGGACAUCGUCAUCAACAACGCCGGCAUCAACAACGAGAAGAACUGGGAGAAAACCAUCCAGGUCAACCUGACCUCAGUGAUAAAGGGAACUUACUUGGCCCUGGAGCACAUGAGCAAAGAGUACGGCAAGCAAGGAGGCACCAUCAUCAACGUGUCCUCCAUGGCAGCCUUCCUCCACUCCCCCCAUCAGCCCGUCUACACGGCCACCAAACACGGAGUGAUCGGCUUCACCCGAGCGAUGGCGGACGCCGCCGCCCAGGACGACUACGGCGUCCGCAUCAACGUCCUGUGUCCCGCCUUCGUCGACACGCCGCUGCUGCACACCGUGGAGGAGGAGGACAACAUGGGGAAGUUCGUCAAGUUCAAGGACAACUUCAAGCAGAGCAUGAACAAGUUUGGGGUUCUACAGCCGUCGCUCAUCGCUGAAGGGAUGAUGAGGCUCAUUUUGGACCCGAGCCUCAACGGCGCCGUGAUGAAGAUCACCUGCGCCAAGGGAAUCCACUUCCACACGUACGAACCCAUGUCGGCCUGACCUCCGACCCGCAGGAACCGCGACCCGAUCAGAGGUUCUGGAAGCUGAACUGGAACCGGUUCCCUGUAGAACCUCGGCUCUUUUGGUUUCAGGUGGUUGUUUUAGAGAAAUGUUGAAGAUGAUUCUGUUCUGCUUCCUGUUUGGACUCAGCAAAGCAGAACCACUUCCUGUGAGAACUAAAAGUCCAGAAUCAGCUGAUUUGACCAGAACCAGAACCGCCUGCUGAUGAGAAGGAAACGGUUCUGACCUGGUUUAGUCAUGGACAACCAAACACCUCCUAACUCUGGUUGGUACCAGGUUCUAACCUCAGAACCUGGUACCAACAGAACCUGGUACCAACAGAACCUGGUACCAACAGAACCUGGUACCAACAGAACCUGGUACCAAGGUUUCUCCCAGUUUGUGUUCACCAGUUGCAUUCUGGUCCAAAUCUUUGCUUCGGUUCUUUGCGGUUCUGUUCAGCUCUCUGAAGGUCCCACAACGUUUUCAUCUGGUGAAGGCCUGGACUUUGACUAGGCCACUGCAGCACUUUGAUUCUCUUCGUCUUCAGCUGUAGAUCUGCUGCUGUGUUCGGAUCGUGGUUCUGUUCUGAUCCAGUUCAUACUGAGCUUCACUUUGGACUUCAGAAUAGGUUUGGUUCUGUUGGACUUCUUUCAUUUCUGUUUCUGUGCUCCUCCAGGUCCGGUAACCGGGUCCAGAACCCGACCAGAACCCCUCAGUGUAAAGAGAAAUAAAGAGAUUUGGUUAAAUAUAAAAACAGGCUUUAAUGCUGAAAAUGAUCAAAUGUUAGAAGCCAUACAUGUCAUAGAAACGGAUCAGAACCAGAGUUACAUUCUCUGAGCUCCUUCUGGACGGAACCAGGUGAGCAAAGACUGGAUUCAGCUUUUAGCCUGUUCCCCCCCCAAAGGGAAGUCUGACCCGGUUCAGUCUGUUUACAUUCGACUGCCGGCAGACACACAUAAACAUGGUUAUGUAAGCUGCAGCGUGUAAGCAGAUGAAAAAAGAGAGGAACAGACAGAACCUACAACAGAUCAUGAAGAACAUCUCAACUGGCCUGAGAGGAGAAACAAACCCAAAGGUCAGCAGAAAAUUCAAAAUACUUUAAUGAUCCCAAAGGGAAAUUAAAUAAAAGCAAACGCCUCUUUGACCUCCCUGCCUGCAGGGGGCGCCAACUGUCCACUGAUGGUUAAGGAGCAGCUGUGUUAGCAACGCGUUUUCCAGGCCAAUAACUCCAAGAUUGUUCAGUGAAGGCUGGUCUCACCUGUAGUAAAGAUGGCCGCGGCGGCGCUCCACUUACGGCAGUAAAGAUGGCCGCCGCGGCGCUCCACUUACGGCAGUAAAGAUGGCCGCCGCGGCGCUCCACUUACGGCAGUAAAGAUGGCCGCCGCGGCGCUCCACUUACGGCAGUAAAGAUGGCCGCCGCGGCGCUCCACUUACGGCAGUAAAGAUGGCCGCCGCGGCGCUCCACUUACGGCAGUAAAGAUGGCCGCCCGUUUGAGAAUGAAACCAAAGAAAGACGAAAAACAUUUUAGUCAGAUGAGAAAUGAUUGUCUCUUAUUUAAAGAAUUUAACUGGAUCUGUUCCGGUUCUGGUUCUGGUUCUGUUCUGUUCUGUUCUGUUCUGGUUCUGUUCUGGUUCCGGUUCUGUUCUGGUUCCGGUUCUGUUCUGGUUCUGGUUCUGUUCUGGUUCUGGUUCUGGUUCUGUUCUGUUCUGUUCUGUUCUGUUCUGUUCUGUUCUGUUCUGUUCUGUUCUGUUCUGUUCUGUUCUGGUUCUGGUUCUGGUUUUGGUUCUGGUUCUGUUCUGUUCCGGUUCUGUUCUGUUCCGGUUCUGUUCUGUUCUGGUUCUGUUCAGACUGGCUGCUCUGGAACCUCAUAAAUCUGUAAAUCAGAGGUUUUUAAAAGAUGAACCAAAGAAUUUCUGCGUUUUGAAUCUGGACGUUUAGAAAUAGUUUUCUGUUGCUUUAAGGGCGGCGUGGUUCCAGGGCGCCUCCUUGUGGCCGGAAAUUAUCGGGUUAAUUUGUGUUUUCAGGAAAAAUCAUCUGAUUUAUGCUAGAAAAUGUUUUUAUGGAAGAUUGUGUUCAUAAUGUUAAUUUUCUGUAACUUGAUUUUAACUUAAAUUUAUCCUCCUGGUGUCGUCUGAGAACGGAGCCAGAAAAAAUGAUAUUAAUGUUAAUAUAAAUAAAUGCUGCUUCGGUUUUGCUUCA